AAAAUCUCUUCGAUUUUUGUUGUGAAAGACUUGAAAAUUUUGCGUUUGCCUCCAAAUCUAGGCUUGGGGUUGCUUUCGAUCGACGUCGUUGGAGAAGAACGCUACGACAUCGUUUCAGACUUCAAUAAAAUUUUCUGUAUGGAUAUCGCGAAAAAGUAGAAGAACAAAACAGGAGGGGAAGGGAAAACGUUAAUUCAGCGACCACAGCAACUUCCUCUCGGAGCUCUGCUUCACCGACAUGGAAUACUUGAAGACGGCGGUGCCUUCACAGCUACUCGCAGAGCGAGGCUCCAAUCUAGUUGUCAUUAACCCUGGGUCUGCAAAUGUCAGAAUAGGCCUUGCACACCAGGACACUCCCUUCAAUAUCCCUCACUGCAUUGCUCGCUAUACUAAUCAAUUUCCCAAACUGAAUGUUAAAGAUCAGAUGCUGAAUAUUCAGGUCACAACAGCUCAGCACAUGGAUCGUGAGAAGGCAUACGAUAUUAUUGCUUCAUUACUGAAGAUCCCUUUUCUGGAUGAAGAGACUGCCAACAAUUCUUUUCCGCGCAAGCUUGGUUACUGGUUUAUGAUCAAGUACAAAACCAUUGAGGUUAUUCUGCAGAUAGGACGUAUCGAUGGACAUAAUACACAGAGUGGCAGAAAGGAUUUAGCUUUUACAUGGGCUAAUGUAUAUGAGCCAGAAACCAACUCUUCUUUGGCAUCAGAAAGCCCAACAAUUGAAAGUCAUAUUGGUGAGGCCUCGGAGAUACAUGAAAGUACAGAUGCUAAGGAGCCUACAAUGAGUGAGCGUAAAUACAGAGGUUUCAUCUGUGGUGAGGAAGCACUAAGAAUACCCCCCACAGAGCCAUAUUGCUUACAUCGCCCUAUUCGCAGAGGACACUUGAACAUUUCACAACAUUAUCCCAUGCAGCAGGUUGUUGAGGAUCUUCAUACUAUUUGGGAUUGGAUUUUGGUAGAGAAAUUGCAUAUCCCUCAAUCAGAAAGAAACCUGUAUUCGGCCAUACUCGUUUUGCCAGAAACAUUUGACAACCGUGAAAUAAAAGAAAUGAUAUCCAUAGUACUACGAGAUCUAUGCUUUAGUUCAGCGGUAGUACACCAGGAAGGCCUUGCUGCAGUUUUUGGGAAUGGGUUAUCGAUGGCAUGCAUUGUAAAUAUUGGUGCUCAGAUGACAUCUGUUAUUUGCGUUGAGGAUGGAGUAGCUAUACCCAAUACAGAAAAGACUUUGCCCUUUGGUGGAGAGGAUAUAUCCAGAUGCCUACUCUGGACUCAGAGGCAUCAUCAGACAUGGCCUCAAAUUAGAACUGACAUUUUGACAAAGCCUAUUGAUCUGCUGAUGCUCAACAGACUAAGGGAGUCCUAUUGUGAGAUCAAGGAGGGAGAGGUUGAUGCUGUAGCUGUAGUUCACUCUUAUGAGGAGGGUGUACCAGUUGGAUCCCAUAGGACUAGGUUAACUGCUCUUAAUGUACCACCUAUGGGUCUGUUCUACCCAAUGCUUUUGGUUCCAGAUGUAUAUUCUCCUCCACCUCGUUCUUGGUUCCAUGAUUACGAUGAUAUGCUGGAAGAUACAUGGCAUAUAGAAUACCCCAGAAGACCUGAUAUAUCAGAUGGUCUAUUUCCUGGAGUCAAUGUUGGAUUACCCACGUGGGAUAGCUACCCAGUUCUCCUUUCUAAGCCAAACAAAGAGGAGAAGGUUGGUCUUGCAGAGGCUAUUACCAGCAGCAUUCUUUCAACAGGUCGUAUCGAUCUCAAGAGAAAAUUGUUUUGUAGCAUACAAUUGAUUGGAGGAGUGGCUUUGACACCUGGUCUUACUCCUGCAGUGGAGGAGAGAGUUUUACAUGCAAUCCCUUCUAAUGAAGCAAUUGAUACAGUUGAGGUUCUGCAGUCGAGAACAAAUCCAAACUUUGUGUCCUGGAAAGGUGGAGCAAUCCUUGGAAUUCUUGAUUUUGGUCGAGACGCUUGGAUAUAUAGGGAAGACUGGAUUCGCAAUGGGAUUCACGUUGGCAGUGGCAGAAAAUAUAGGGACUCAUACUAUCUUCAAGCACAAGCAAUGUGUUAUAUAAAUUCUUAAAGAGACUAGUAGUAGCUCCCGUUUUAGGAUUUGCAACUUUUUGGUAAGGCAAGAUCUAAUUCUAAUUUAAGCUUUAAAAUUUCUAAAAGCUGAUAGGGGGAAGCAUACAUGAUCAUUUGGACGGCUCUAUUUUUGUUUUGGACAGGUGAUUAGAAUGCUCAAAAUGUGUUACUCCUUCAAUAGUGGCAUGCGCAAACAUGUGCAAGAGACUUGCAUAUUACGCUUGAGGCGACAAAGCAACUUUGGCUUUUUAUUUGUGCAGCUGCUAAAUGGCAACUUCUGUUCACAUUCUUGUUUGUAGAAGACCAAAUUUCUGGGUUAACUUGAUCGUAAUUGCAAAAGAUACUAUCAGAUUGUAGCCUUUUUUACUUUCUUAUCUUUGUUCCACAGCUAUGGAUCUUGGGUGUGAAUUUUAACUAAUAUUUGGGUUCAGUCUGGAGAUUUAUGGCAAAUGAAAGUGUAUCACUGUUAACCUGCGA